CUCCAUCCCUCCACCGCCGCAGGCUUACAGAAGAACAAGAACCACGCUGCGGCUUUUAAAUCCGGACCGUACACAAGGAAAUCAUGAGUCUUGAUGGAGACGCGUUAUCGGUGAUUGAAAAUCCAGGGGCCGUCAGUCAUUCCUUUCACUCAGAGACAACAGCAGGGGUCGCGCCGACCAGAGGGGUGCAGGGUUGGUUAAAGGGCACUCGUUCUACAACUCAUGCUCACAGACUGGUGAGGCUGCUGGCAGCGGUGUGCGCAGUCGGACUCCUGGGAGGCUUACUAGUGGGUGUGUGGUUUCUAGUCAAACUUCUGCUGAGGCCGUCCUCUUCCCAAACUACGGUAGGGCUCGUGGAUACGAAGGAAACAUCCUUCUGCAAUGUAACUGAUGAAGUCUCCAUAUCCGACCCACGGAAAGUGUUUUACAGAAUCAGCCCGGAGAACUCUAUUCUGGAGAUCCAGCUGGGGAAGCGGCACACCUGGCUGCCGGUGUGCUCCGAGAGGUGGAACUCAUCGUUGGGAACGCUGGUCUGCAGGCAGCUGGGUCACCUGAGACUGACCAAGCAUAAAGGAGUGAAUCUCACAGAUAUCGGGCCAAACUACACUAAUGGUUUCAUACAAAUUACCUCUGAGCAAAAGAGCAGCCUGGAAAAGAUGUGGCACUUCAGGGAGAGCUGUAUCACAAGGAAGGUUAUCGCUUUGCAAUGUUUUGAGUGUGGGACGCGUGCAAAGCUGCCCAGGAUAAUAGGAGGAGUUGAAGCCACGCUGGGAAGGUGGCCCUGGCAAGUCAGCCUCUACUACAGCAACCGCCACACCUGUGGAGGGUCCAUCAUCACCAGCCAAUGGAUAGUAACAGCGGCCCACUGUGUGCAAAACUACAGGCUACCUCAGGUGUCCAGCUGGGUGGUCUAUGCCGGCAUCGUAACGCGUAGCGCGGCUAAAAUUGCCCAGCAGGCGGGUUAUGGGGUUGAGAAGAUCAUCUACAACAAGAACUACAACCACAGGAGCCACGACAGUGACAUAGCGCUGAUGAAGCUGCAGAGGCCCCUCAAUUUCUCAGAUACAAUUAGACCCAUCUGCUUGCCUCCGUAUGACUACGGUCUCCCAGGUGGUACGCAGUGCUGGAUUUCUGGAUGGGGAUACACACAGCCUGAUGGCGUUCACUCGCCCGACACCCUGAAAGAAGCCCCGGUUCCUAUAAUAAGCACAAAGAAAUGCAACAGCUCCUGCAUGUAUAACGGGGGGAUUACUCCAAGGAUGCUCUGUGCUGGAUACACAGAAGGAAAAGUGGAUGCAUGUCAGGGGGACAGCGGGGGUCCUCUUGUUUGCCCGGAUGAAAAGUUGUGGAGGCUGGCAGGGGUUGUGAGCUGGGGGACCGGCUGCGCUGAGCCAAACCAUCCAGGAGUUUACACCAAAGUGGCUGAGUUCUUGGACUGGAUCUAUGACAUGAUUGAGAGUUACUGAGGACGAGACA